AUGUCAAUCACAAGUGACUUUCUGACUGCUUUCUCCCUGCCCGGGGCCUUGCUGCUCGGUGUUCUGUGCCUGACCACCGGAUAUGUCAUCCACCAAGUCUGGCUUCAUCCUUUGGCCAAAUACCCCGGUCCGUUAGUGUCGAAACUCACGCACCUCUACUCCGUUUAUCAUGCUCUCAGGAGUGACCGCCACGCCGACCUCUACCGACUACACCAGCAAUACGGCCCCAUUGUACGCUUCGGCCCAAACCAUAUCUCUAUUAAGGAUGUUCGAGCCUUGGAACCGAUCUAUGGGCACGGGGCAAACGUCAGGAAAUCCCGCUGGUAUAGCUCCUUCUACAGCGUGAGCAUCUUCAACGCCAUCGACAAGGAUGUCCACGCCCGUAAGAAACGGGUUAUGUCGCAGGCUUUUUCAGACCAGGCCCUCCGCGCCAUGGAACCGCAUAUUAUCUCUAGCAUUCGAGAAUGGUGCGGUGCGAUCGGGAAAGAUGCAGGCUCCAAGAGCAAGAGCGGUGGGUCGGACAGGUGGACGGAGCCGAAGGACAUGGCGCAUUGGAGUGCCUGUAUGGUCUUUGAUGUACUAGGGGAGAUAUGUUUCGGACGGAGCUUCGAGACGUCGACUAAAGAGGAGAACCAGUUCUUCUUUUCACUGAUGGCGUUGAAUGUGCGCAUCUUGAAUAUUUGUGGCCAGCUGCCUAUUCUGAGGAAGUUCGGGCUUGAUACCUACCUUCGUCGAGGGACGGCGGCGAGCCGCGAGAGGCAGAUCCGAUUCUCGCGAAAGCAGUUGGCUGAUCGGCUGGCGAUUGAUUCGGAGAAGACGCAAAGGAGAGAUAUUAUCUACUAUUUGCAAAAGGCUCGCGACCCUGAGACGGGGGAGGCGUACUCGCAGCCAGAGCUGAUUUCGGAGGCUACUUUACUGAUGGGAGCCGGCUUCGACACAGCUAACACAGCCCUGGCCGCAACAUUCUACUUCCUUUGCAAACACCCCCCUGUCCUCACUCGCCUCUCCACCGAAAUCCGUACUGCAUUCUCUACCCUAGAGAGUAUCGUCUCCGGCCCUACCAUGCAGCAAAUGGUCUAUCUCCGCGCCUGUAUAAGUGAAAGCAUGCGACUCUGCCCUCCCGUUCCUAUGGAUCUACCCCGAGAAGUCCAGCCGGGCGGUCUGCGCGUCAUGAACCAAUAUUUCCCUCCCGGCACUAUAGUCGGCGUCCCGACUUACUCGCUGCAUCACGACGAGGCGUACUUUGACGAUCCGUUUGCCUACCGGCCCUCUCGCUGGCUGCUUCAUGGUAGUCCGGUCUGUCAGGGCGACGAGGGUGUUAGCGCGGAGAUCCUUGCCCGGCAGAAGGAGGCAUUCGUGCCGUUUAGCUUAGGACCGAGGGCCUGUAUUGGGAGAAAUGUAGCAUGGAUGGAGCUGGAGGUGGGGCUCGCGAGGGCGCUUUGGUUGUAUGAUAUUCGAAUUGCGCCGGGUAGGGAGCAUGUUGGUGUCGCCAAGCGUGGUGGGGAGUAUAUGAUUAGAGAUAAUUUCGUGGUGGGUAAGGAGGGGCCGAUGGUUCAGUUUCGUCAGAGGGGUUGA